CACACACACACACACUCACUCACAAAACCAAACAUUACUACGUGAGUAUUUACACAAACACACAGAGGAGGUUGGAGGAGGUUGGUGCUUUACUUCUCCCGAUUAUGACAAGUCACCAGUGUUUGUCUGGUAUCUUCCUACUCACAGUUAGAUUAUCAGAGUGUGCAGGUGCUUGGAGGAUGAACUCACAUGGCACCUUAAAAUGAUUCACAUGAACCAGUUAGAGAAGUUUUUACCAUGUCGGUGGUAACCAACCAGCCUCUUCCCUUUGGUGGACUGGAGCGAGAAAAGCACAUCCAGAUGAUCUUCAGAGCUUUCCAGAACCGCUGUGGGCACUCAUGUGAGUGUCACAGUCACUCACAUGAACAUAAACCCCACACAAUGCCUCCUGCCCAGGAAACUGAGGAGCAGCUUUCAGGUCUGGCUCCAUGCUACAUACAUCCACCAGAAAAACUUAACAGGCCAGGCGUGGAGGAGCAGAGGUCCAGAGGUGCAGCGAGACCAGACUUUGCAUCUAUGAUGGAACCCGUCAGUCAGAUUCAUAUUACUGCUAGACCAGCGCUGCAAGGUCCACACUGUGUUCCGAGGAGGAUCUACAGCAUCGCCACAGGGGUUAGCAGGUCGCAGUUAUUUGUGGCCGUGGAAGAGAGUUCAUGUGUGUGCCUCCAGUGUUGUGGUCCAGCUCGGGCUUGUUCCUUGCGGGGCUUCGACCAUCAGGGCCACCAGGUCUUUUACUUUGAAAGGCCCUUUAGGGUGGAUGCCUGCUGCCUCGGCUGCUGCCUGAUGGAGAUGAGGGCCUACACAGCUCAGAAACAACUCAUUGGCACUGUAUGCCAGAGGUGGAGCAUGUUCACCCCUCUUUUGGAAGUGUGUGAUUCUGAAGGAACGUCAGCACUCAGAAUCCAGGGCUCCUGCUGUCCGUGCCGCUGUGUCUCCAACCAGCAAUUUCAGAUUGUCUCUGACAUUGGUGAGAAAAUAGGCACAAUAUGGAAGAAAUGGCCGGGCUUCAACGAUGAGUGUAACAUGGACCAUGAAUAUUUUGGGUUAGAGGUGCCACCGAGUAUAGAAUCAGACACUAAACUGCUGCUGCUGGCAGCCACCUUCCUGUUGAAUCACAUGUUCUUUGAAAUGAGCUGAUCAGAGAAAAGGACCCAUCGUCACUAGGAGACAAGUCACAAGUGGAGUAAAACUACUGAGCCACAACAGCCACAUCACACACAGCAUGGCACAAUAGACCGCACCGUGUCCCCUUAACCGUAUGUAGCAUUAAAAAGAGCAGAACCUUGCUUUCAUACACGUCUACUCAGAUUCUGUUCAGGUCCACUUAGGAAAAAAACUACAAUGAUGCAGCUGUAUCAGGGAUGCGUAUUUGACACUUAUUGCUAUAAUCCUUCAGGUGCAUGUCCAAUGGUGUUUCUUCACUUCUGACACUGACACACACAAUCACCUUUAGUUUUUUUUUUUUAAUUUAAUUUUAUUUUAUACAAACUAUAGGUGCUCUCCAGACAUGGUUCCAAAGAAAUGCACCCAAGGAAUUGAAGAAAACUGUAACAGACCCUAGGCACAGUUUCAUUUCUGUUACUACAAAAUCAGAAAGGAGCAAUGGUCAGAGUUUCAGGACUCCUGUACACCUCUGUUGAGGACAUUAAAGCAACCCACAGCUUGGAUUCUUUAUAGGCAUAAACAGACAAAACAGACAGAAGGGAAAUCUGGUCAGGCUGGGCACAAGGCCAGGUACAGUGACCUAGGCAGCUGGACAGUCCAUUUUGACCUAUUAUGCAACCUUCUGCCCAACACAAGAUGAUCCUUGUCCUUUGGGAUUCAAUUUCCAGGUCAAAGAUAGAGAAUCACUGCCAAUUCAGUUAUGUAAUAUUUGAAGAGGACUGCAUUUACAAAUAUAUUGUACACAUAAUAGUAAUUAUUGUAGUUUGAAAUGAGCAGAGGAACUGUAAAUACAGUAUUGUCAUAAAAUAACAUCUACCUCCAACCCUGUCUGAGUCCCAAUAAAACAGAAUAACACAAGCCGAUUUUACCGGCAGAAGUGUGAUGUUAAGCAAUAAAAUCAUAUCUUGUAUUCUUAACUUGAUUGUUUCUGUUUUUUUGUUAAGAACACUUAAGUGCUGCUAAUGACCAGAUCAGCAAACACCAGACACACACUCCAUCCUCUCUUGUGGCAAGUUAACAGAU